AUGGCAGCUGGCGGAGGAGGAGCUGCGCAGGAGAAUAUAUGUGUAUCGACUGGCAAUGGCACCGCUGAUUCGUUUGACAUAUUCGGUACCGUAGUUGGUUCCCUGAAGUCAUUGCUGAAGUGGUCAUUGGUGUGCGAGGAAGUUGAGAAGAAAGAGCAGUCCCGUAUGGAGAAAAUAGUGGGCCCACUUGGUCACGACCCAACAGCUCCUGAUGACUUGAACACCGUCACCGAUACGCUUAUGUUUGACUCUGCUACGAUAAUUGCAGCCCUCAUCGUUACAUUCUUCGUCUUCUAUUUCAUCGACUUCUUUAUGCAAAUGUUCACAGGAGUUUCCACUAUGUUGAGCGCGGAUGCAUCUCCUUCUGUUGCAAGUCUCCAACCAGUUAUCCCAACUAGAGCGCGCAAGCGCCGAAAGUCAGGAACUUCGAUGUCAAAGGAGACCACUUCCCCGGGAACGUGGCAAUCAGACGCCACCCAGCCAACAAAUACCCCACUCGGUACCCCGUCACCAAUGAAGGACCUUCUGACUAAAAGCAUAAGGCCAAACUUUUCUCAAGAACCGUUAUUACCACCCGCCAAUCCUCCAUCCUCACAAAACAAAAAUGUUGAUCAGUCUUCGGUGAAGUUUGACUCUACACCGAAGCCGUCACCAGAUAGAAGGCUUGCUGGGCGCUCGCCGGCAGCGAUAGAACCUGCUCCUGAAGAAGAUUCCGACAUAGUUUAUCAAAAUAACAAAUCAUGUGAACGGCGUAGUGGUCCACAAUCGCUUCCUAUAAUGAAGUCGAUCUCGCCUGUCGAAACGCUCAAGCUCGCCGAAGAGAAGGAAACGCAGACGUAUGCAGAAACAACCCCCAACGAACAUCUCGAACAGAUGUCUUGCAAGGAUUAUGAUUAUGAUGGUAUACUUGACGAGAAGCAUCAAGUGUACUUCGGAGGAAACGUGUAUGAUGAAAUACACGAGCUACCAUACGCUGACGAUUUGCCAGGCGACGAGUUUAAUGAAUAUCGGUAUGAAGAAGCACAGGCCUAUUUGGAAUAUAUGAAUCAAUUUGAAGACAUCCGAUCUGAAUUCUCCAUUGAUGACGAUGCUGAAUUGGACGAAUGGAAAAAUCCGGGGCACGGCAAUCCAGCGUCACCUGGUAAUUCUUCGGAAAAGCAUCCAUCGAACAUCAAUCCUCCGUCACCUGAGACUUCAUCGAAAAGGAAUCCAACAAACGUCAAUCCUCCGUCACCUGAGACUUCAUCGGGAAAGCAUUCAUCGAACACCAAUCCUCCGUCACCUGAGAAUUCUUCGGAACAGAAUUCAUCUGACAUAAGCGACUCGCUUUUCUUCAACGCUGAGCGUAUAUUUAAUCAGUUGCAGAAGAAAAGACAGCAAAAGAUGUGCAGUACGGAACUGCUGCUGCAAAGUGGUAGGCAGAAUAUCGAUACACAUCUGCUUUCCCCUGAGAACUGCGACGAGGUGCAUCCAAAAAUUAAUGAGCAGGAGCUAGCACAUAGAAGAGAUCGUACAAGCGCUCAAGUAUCUCCACCUUCUGAAGACUCUGCGACCCAGCAUAGCUCUGGUGACGACGACGAAGUUGAAAAACCCAGAUCAACAGAACCUUUGAAUCACCGGAUGUACAAUCGUUAUGCAAAACCGUUUCUAUCAAACUUUGACAACUCUCCUCUUCUUAAAGAUGGUUGA